UGUUUUUUAUUUAGAUUUUGUGUUUUUUUUUUAAUUACAAUUAAUUCAUUAAAAAUACGACGCAAAUUUAGAAAUCAAUUUAAACCACUCCAAGUGAAAAAUAAUUGUUCACCAACAAAACGCGAUCUAUACUCAGAGCGUAAGGGAACGCGUCCGACCGAGCAACAACACCAACAAGCAACAACAGCGACCAGGGCUCUGGUUAUCGCUUAUUACCAACGGUUACCAACUGAUAACAAAAAUAAUAGGCGGUCGGCCGGCCUCCCAAAAGAAAAUCAAUUAUUUGUAAUGGCACUCUGGAAACGUUUUCCAUCCCUGACUAUACGGUUGUCGUCAGUCGCGUCUCUGGUGAGUAUUUGUGUUGCAAGGUUACGUUGAAAAUUCCUGCCGUAGUUUCCAAGUUAAUUUGAAUCGUCUAUACGACUCAGCACAAGGUAUUCUACAGUUCCAACAUGGCUGAUGAUUGGAAAAACGCUACGUCUGUGUAUGACUUUACAGUCAAAGACAUCAAAGGAAAUGAUCUGUCGUUGGAAAAAUACAAGGGUUUUGUAUUGAUCAUUGUGAACGUUGCUUCCAAAUGCGGCUAUACUGCCAAGCAUUACAAAGAGCUUAAUGAGUUGGAUGAGAAGUAUCGCGAUAAAGGACUGAGAAUUCUUGCAUUCCCAUGUAACCAAUUUGGGGGCCAGGAACCUGGUGACAGUGAUGCAAUCUGUAGCUUUGCAGAAAAGAAAAGUGUCAAGUUUGACUUGUUUGAAAAAGUUAACGUCAAUGGCAGUGAUGCACAUCCUUUAUGGAAAUAUUUGAAAGAAAAACAAGGUGGCACUUUAAUUGAUGCGAUCAAGUGGAACUUCACCAAGUUCAUUGUCGACAAAAGUGGCCAACCCGUGGAGAGACAUGCUGCUAAUGUCAGCCCAUUGGGAUUGGAAAAGAGCUUGGAGAAGUAUUUUUAAAAGAGCAUUAUAAUAUAAUAAUUAAUCAAAAAUAAUCCAGUUUUUUUUUUAUAUGUUUAUGAAUUUUAUUAUAUCUUACUUAUGAACUAUAUUUGUCUUAAAGUAUUUAGACUGCAUAACGUCACAAUUCUACUAUUAAGAUUUGAUGGUUAUUAUUAUUAUUAUUUUUUCAUUAAAGUUUUUUAAGUAAUAUUGUAGUGAGUAGGCAUUGAUUAAGGCGAUGUAAUAGUGUUCAAAUUUUAUUUUAUCUUUGUAUUUAUUAUAAUAAAACUAUAUUAAUGAUAUAUAUUAUAUAUAUAUCUAUCGGUAA